CAAACACCACCAUCCAGUUGGGUAUUUUCAACAUCCCUUCCUUCCGUUCAUCUCCCUCCAUAAUUUUAUUCCACAUUCUCGUUGCCUGCUCAUUCCCAGAAGCAAACAAUCCAAGGAGUCGCAGGUAUGUGCGGGAUUUUCGCCUAUCUGAAUUUCAACAUCAGCAGAGAAAGGCGCUACAUUCUGGAAGUACUUUUCAAUGGCCUCCGGCGCUUGGAGUACAGAGGCUAUGAUUCCGCCGGAAUUUCCAUUGAUUCUUCUCUAACCUCCUCAAAUGCCGGUGUUGCCCCUCCGUCUCUUGUCUUUCGGCAGGAGGGGAACAUCGAGUCUCUCGUCAAAUCUGUCUACCAAGAUGUUGCUGCUACUGAUUUAAAUUUGCAAGAGUCAUUCUUGAUUCAUGCUGGAAUUGCACACACUCGAUGGGCUACACAUGGAGAACCAGCCCCAAGGAAUAGUCAUCCUCAGAGCUCUGAUGCAGGAAAUGAGUUCUUGGUUGUUCACAAUGGAGUCAUAACCAAUUAUGAGGUGUUAAAAGAGUCGCUAGUUCGACAUGGUUUCACCUUUGAAUCUGACACUGAUACGGAAGUCAUCCCAAAGCUUGCAAAGUUUGUCUUUGAUAAUGCAAAUGAAGAAGGCGUAGGUGACAAGCGUGUAACAUUCAGUCAAGUUGUGCUCGAAGUAAUGAGGCAUCUGGAAGGAGCAUAUGCCCUCAUUUUCAAAAGCCGGCAUUAUCCCAAUGAAUUGAUUGCAUGCAAACGUGGUAGUCCAUUGCUCCUUGGUGUUAAAGAAUUAACAGAAGAGGACAACAGAGCAUCUUUCAAUGACUCGAAAUUUCUUUCAAGCAAUGGGGAACCAAAGGAACUCUUUUUGUCAAGUGACCCCAGUGCUCUGGUGGAGCACACAAAGAAGGUGCUGGUGAUUGAGGAUGGUGAAGUUGUUCAUCUCAAGGAUGGUGGUGCAUCCAUUUUCAAGUUUGACCAUGCUAAAGGUAAAGGGGGUGAAACUCUAGUAAGGCCUGCUUCAGUCCAACGUGCACUUUCAGUUCUGGAGAUGGAGGUUGAGCAAAUAAACAAAGGGAAGUAUGAGCACUACAUGCAGAAGGAAAUUCAUGAACAACCAGAAUCCCUUAAAACAACAAUGAGAGGAAGGCUUAUACGUGGAGGAUCCUGUAAAGCCAAGAGUGUCCUUUUGGGAGGGAUAAAGGAUCACCUCAAAACUAUAAGGAGAAGCAGAAGGAUAGUUUUCAUCGGCUGUGGAACAAGUUAUAAUGCAGCUUUAGCAGCACGGCCCAUUUUAGAAGAACUUUCUGGUAUUCCUGUUACAAUGGAGAUUGCUAGUGAUCUUGUGGACAGGCAGGGGCCCAUAUACCGAGAAGAUACAACUGUCUUUGUUAGUCAAUCGGGAGAAACAGCUGAUACUUUGCAGGCAUUAGAAUAUGCAUUAGAAAAUGGUGCUUUAUGUGUUGGCAUCACCAAUACUGUCGGUAGUGCAAUUGCUAGGAAUACACACUGUGGAGUUCACAUAAAUGCUGGAUGCGAGAUAGGUGUAGCUAGUACCAAGGCAUACACAAGCCAAAUUGUUGUCAUGGCUAUGUUGGCUCUUGCAAUUGGAGAUGACACAAUUUCUAGUCAAGCAAGACGGGAAGCGAUAAUAGACGGCCUAUUUGACUUGCCAAAGAAAGUAAAAGAAGUUCUCAAGCUCGACCAGGAAAUGAAAGAUCUUGCUCAAUUACUGAUUGCUGAACAAUCCCUUCUUGUAUUUGGAAGAGGAUACAACUAUGCAACAGCCUUGGAAGGUGCCUUGAAGGUAAAAGAAGUGGCACUUAUGCACAGUGAAGGAAUACUUGCUGGUGAGAUGAAACAUGGACCCUUGGCUUUAGUCGACGAAACUCUCCCUAUAGUUGUCAUCGCCACCCGUGAUGCUUGUUUCAGCAAGCAGCAGUCAGUGAUUCAGCAACUUCAUGCUCGGAAAGGUCGACUAAUAGUGAUGUGUACUAAAGGUGAUGCAGCAUCUGUGUGCGUCGGUGGAUCUUGCCGUGUAAUUGAAGUUCCGCAGGUUGAGGACUGCCUACAGCCUGUGAUUAACAUAGUGCCUUUGCAGCUUUUGGCAUAUCAUCUGACUGUUCUACGGGGAUACAACGUCGAUCAGCCUCGGAAUCUAGCAAAAAGCGUGACAACUCAAUGAGGAACGAUCCAUAUGAUUUGCAGUUGGUUUCUAAACCUUGUCAACAGACAAGACUCCAGCAAACCUCGACUCGGGGAUCGAUAGAGGAGUGUGACAAAGGCCCAUGUUUUCGUUGAGCUUCUCCUGCACACACACAUCAACUGAUCUUGUUAAGACAGAUCGCUAACUGUUAUGUAAAGAACACUAUCUGGAACCGUAGUUCGUCAUACGUGAUCCUGUGUCUGUCUAAAACUAAACUGUCUUCUGACAGCAGGAAACAGAGACGCAACGUUCCCGGUCGCCCUUUGUUUUUUGCAAAAAGAAAAAAAGAAAAAUGUUGUGUUUGUACUUAGGUAUGGAUCAAUGUAAACAUAACGCUACCAAUAGCGCUGUCCAAUAAUGAAAAACUUUUGACUUAGGCUGCGAGGGAGAAGUGGCAAUUA